AUGAAUGAGGACCCGGCCAUUCUUGCUCUAUUUGGGCCCGCCCCAGCGAAUGUCGACCUCACUGCCAGCGAUGUAUCUGUUAACAAUGGCGUGGUCAUUGCAAUGCUCUGCCUUGCUGCUGUGUUGGUGAUUAUACGCUUCACUGCUCGAAUCGUCCUCCGAAAUGCCUUGAUGGCGGAUGAUUGGGCAAUCAUUGCGGCUCUAAUUUGUAUAGCUGCCACAACUGCAAUAAGUGUCGCAGGCGGCACCACCGGUGCAGGAAAGCACAUCUGGGCAGUUAAGCUGGAAGAAUUGAUGGACUUGUACAGGCUCCUGUUCUGUUACACGUUCAUUUAUGCCUCUGCUUGCACUUGUACCAGACUCUCCAUACUUGCUUUCUAUAGACGAGUCUUUUCACCAUUGGAACCGUCGUUGAAAAUGGCUCUCAUUUUUGGCUUGUUCCUCACACUCUCAUAUCCUAUUAUUAUUUGGGUAACAAUGGGAAAUGCCUGCAGACCAGUCUCCCACUUUUGGACACAAUUCAGCGCCACGGAGGGAAAAUGCAUCAAUGUCAACCAAUUCUUUCUCGCGUUAGGGAUCCUUAACAUGCUGAAUGACUUCAUUAUUUUGAUCAUCCCUUUCCCGCGAAUUGCUCGGCUUCAAAUGACCCUACGGAAGAAACUCGCAAUUUGUGGUAUUAUGGCCGUCGGAAUUUUUGUUUUUGUUGCUAGCAUCGUGCGGAUCCAUUUCCUCUCUCAGUUUAUGAAAGCCGCCGACGUUACUUGGCUGAUGGGACCUGUAUUCAUCUGGUCAACCAUUGAGCCAUCGGUUGCGGUGGUUUGUGCCUGUCUCCCUCAUCUUGCACCACUUGCUCGACUCGCCCAUCGAUCAAUCUUACCCAGUUUGAAUUCACAAAGCGCUGGUAUUUCUUCAGAAAGACUGGGAGGACAGAGUAGUUCGGGGCAAGGUCUCCAAAGGAAUAAAAUCAGCCAUGGUCCAAAAUUCGACUACGGGUUCGAUAAAAUGAAGAGGGGCGCACACAAAGAUGAGAUUGGGUUAACUAACUACGUCACCGUCGGUCCCAAUAGAGGCACGCAUCCUUCAAAUGACUCCCUGAAUGAGGAUAUUGGUCACAAUCAGUCGAUUGCUGUUCAUUCAAGUCUUGUCCAGUCCGCCUCAACAAGGCCGCCCUGGUAA